ACAAGUCAUAGAAGAGGUUAUGUUAUGAUGCACUAUUAAUUAAUUAGUAUUUAUAUCUUUUAUGAAAUGAUGUAGUAUAAUUUGAUAGUAAUAAAUUUGCUCUUCCUUUUAAAUAAGUACAGUUUGAGAUUUUUAAAAUCCCCAAAUAAUUCCUUCUAUUGAAAUGGUCUGAACGUCUUACAUUGAAUACGAAAAUGCCAUCCGUUGCAAUGCCGCACUUUGUGUCGGGAUUGAAGUCCCGAAAUCAGGAGGUUCGCUUCAAGACAGCACACGAACUGUCUGGCUUCGUAAAAAGCGAGCUAAGAGAGGCGACUCCGGAAGAAAUCAACACCUUCCUCGAUGAAUUUAACCACCAUAUCUUUGAAAUGGUGUCCAGUACGGAUGUCAACGAAAAAAAAGGAGGAAUAUUGGCCAUAGUCUGUCUAAUCAACGCCGAUGUUGGUAACAUGACGACUAGAAUUUCACGUUUCGCAAACUAUUUGCGAAACCUUUUACCUUCAAACGACGUGGAAGUUAUGGAAUUUACGGCGAAGACUAUGGGUAAAUUGGCGUUGGUAUCCGGAUCUAAGGCAUCCGAAUAUGUUGAUUUUGAAGUAAAACGGGCCUUCGAAUGGCUGGGAGGCGAUCGUGUUGAAGGGAAGAGGCAUGCCGCCGUCUUAGUAUUACGAGAACUAGCUUUAACUAUGCCCACUUAUUUUUAUCAGCAAGUCUCGCCAUUUUUUGAGCUGAUAUUCUGCGCCGUACGCGAUCCUAAGUCGAAAAUACGCGAGGCUGCCGCCGAGGCGCUUAGAGCGGCAUUGGUUGUUACGGCGCAGCGUGAAUCGGCAAGGCAAACAACUAAGCCGCAAUGGUAUAAGCAAUGCUAUGACGAAACAGUGGACCUUUUAAGGGUCGAAAAACACACAAUCAAGGACGAUCGCAUUCACGGCGCCCUGUUGGUACUAAACGAGUUAAUGCGCUGCGCAAAUUUAGUAUGGGAACGGAAGUAUACAAGCUUGAAAGAAAGCGCCGAUAUGAAGCACACAGCCGACGAACAUUUCUCGACAAUAACCGUACAACCUCGAUUCAAGUCGCUGCACAACAAGGUUCUGCCAUCGUAUCAAAACAUUUCGUUUAGCGUUCUGCAUAAGACGGUGAGCGAAUCGUCCGUAUGCCGGCAGAUGGUGUUUGAGAAGUACGAUUACAUCUGCCUCGACGUUAUCGCGCAGAGCAGCGCGCGAUCGUUGCACAUACAAAAUGUGCUACUGAAAAUUUUGCCGCGACUUGCCGCAUUUAAUCGAGCGCAAUUUGCCGAAAACUACCUUCCCAUCGCGAUGAACUACCUGCUGAACACGUUGAAGGGGCGCGAGAAAGAACGAUCCAACGCGUUUAUCACAAUCGGUCUAAUCGCCGUGGCGAUGGAGGAUCUGAUUAAGCCGUACGUUUCGAAAAUAAUCGAAGUUAUCAAAUUGGCUCUGCCGAACAGGGAGGGCUCUACUAAGAAACGCGUCACCAUCGACGCUAGCGUUUUUAAGUGCAUUAUGUAUCUCGGGCACGCUGUUAAAGAUCACAUUGAUAAUGACAUCUUAAAUAUUUUGGAGCAAAUGUAUUCUGCGGGUCUGACUAUGCCUCUAACGGUUUGCCUGCGGGAGUUGGCGAAAAAUAUACCGGAUUUGAAGCAGCCAAUCUCGUUGGGGCUUUUAAAGAUGCUUUCGCAAAUUCUGAUUAAUAAACCGCUGCUUCAUCCCGGUAUGCCGCGACAGUUGGCUACUAAUGUGCUGCCUUUUAGUAGUUAUUCCGAUGCGAAUGAUACUUUUAGUAUUGUCUUGGCGUUGCGCACUUUGGGCACUUUUAAUUUCGAGGGUCACAGUUUGCUGCAGUUCGUCCAACGCUGCGCCGAUUAUUUUUUGGUACACGAGGAGAAGGAUAUCAGACUGGAAGCGGUGCGCACUUGCUGUAGAUUGUUGAAGCAUUCGAUUCACAAUCACCUUGGGAAUCCGUCCGAAACGGUUACGGCGACGGUUGCCUCAGUUCUGAAUAAACUGUUAAUCGUUGGCAUGACCGAUAUGCACCCCGAUGUACGUUUUUGGGUGUUGUACUCAUUAGAUAGCACUUUUGAUAAGCAUCUGGCUCAGGCCGAGUCGCUCAGUGCGUUGUUCGUGGCGCUGAACGAUGAAGUUUUCGAAAUACGUGAGGUGGCCAUGUGCAUAAUUGGUCGUUUAAGCACCAUGAAUCCUGCGUAUGUUAUGCCAUCGUUGCGCAAAUGUCUGGUUCAGCUACUGACGGAACUGGAGCACUCGGGUACUGGUCGUAACAAAGAACAAAGUGCAAGGACCCUGGAUCGGCUUGUAGUAAACGCGCCACGAUUAAUUCGGCCAUAUAUGGAACCUAUACUUAAAGUGCUCGUUCCAAAGUUGAAAGAGCAAGAGCCUAAUCCUGGCGUUGUACUAUCCGUGCUUAAUUGCAUUGGAAAUUUAGCUGAAGCCACUGGCGGUGGAUUAGAAUUGCAACACUGGAUGCCUGAGCUAUUGACGAUUCUACUAGAAAUGUUGGGAGACGCUUCCGCUCCAGAAAAACGUGGCGUUGCUCUAAUUACGUUGGGGCAGCUCGUUGGCGCCACGGGUCAUGUUGUUAAACCGUACAACCAAUACCCGAUGCUUUUAGAUGUCCUGAUCAACUUCCUUAAAACCGAACAGCACGCUUUGAUCAGGCGCGAGACGAUAAGGGUUCUCGGGUUACUGGGCGCCUUGGAUCCGUACCGACAAAAAAUAAUCCGUGGUCAAAUCGAUUACCAACCCGAGGCACCAGUACUGAUUGCAAUUGCGGAUAAAGAAGAGGAAUCGAAUGCGGAUCUGAGUACAAAUGAGAUGCUCGUGAAUAUGAGCUCGAGCACCUUGGAAGAAUAUUACCCGGCAAUUGCGAUCGCCACACUAAUGCGAAUUAUACGCGAUCCGACUUUAUCACAACAUCACACUAUGGUGGUCCAAGCGGUCACCUUCAUAUUCAAAAGCUUGGGUAUCAAAUGCGUGCCUUACAUCGCCCAAGUACUUCCGAGUUUCCUAAACGUAGUACGCACCGCGGACGUGAAUUUUCGCGAGUUCCUAUUUCAACAACUGGCCCAUCUGAUUGCUAUAGUAAAACAGCACAUUCGCAAUUACCUGGAUGACAUCAUCAAUCUCAUCAAACACUUCUGGACUCCUAACAGCCCUAUUCAAAAUACGCUCAUUUUGUUAAUCGAGCACAUAGCGGUCGCGCUCGGUGCCGAAUUUAAAAUUUACCUCCCCCGCUUAAUUCCGCACAUUUUAAGGGUGCUCAAUCACGACACAUCGAAAGAUCGCAACGUGACCAUUAAAUUACUGGAGGCGUUGAAGAAGUUCGGUAACAACUUAGACGACUACAUGCACCUAAUCUUGCCGCCGAUCGUCAAAUUGUUCGACGCGCCCGACUGUCAGACGACGAUUUCGAAACAGGCGCUCGAAACGAUCGACCAUUUGGCCGACAUUUUAGAUUUCUCCGAUUUUAUUUCGCGCAUCGUUCAUCCACUGGUCCGCGUCUUGGACAACUGUCCCGAGCUGCGACCCACAGCAAUGGAAACGCUCUGCUCCCUGAUCGUGCAGCUCAGCAGAAAGUUUAACAUCUUCGUUCCUUUAGUCAACAAAAUAAUGCAGAAGCACAAAAUACAGCACACGCGAUACGAGACGUUAAUAUCGAAAAUUUCCGUCGACACCACCCUGGCGGACGAUACCGAUUUCACGAUGGUGCGACCGAAGCCUAAGAAAAAUCGGGAGCUAAACAUGUCCGCCAGCGAUACGACCGUGAUACAACGCUUGAAAGUGUCCGCCUCGAGCCUUCAGCAGGCGUGGACUCCGGCGAGACGAGUUUCGAAGGAUGACUGGCUCGAGUGGCUGCAACGCUUAAGCAUCGAGUUAUUGAAGCAGUCGCCCAUUCCCGCUUUACGCUCUUGCCUAUCGCUAGCGCAGUCCUACUCUCAGCUACCCAAGGAUUUGUUCAAUGUUGCCUUUGUCAGUUGCUGGACCGAAUUGGAUGAUGGCAUGCAGAAGGAAUUGAUCAGCAGUUUAGAGCAAGCCUUAAUGGUACCCGAUUUGUCGGAAAUUACUCAGACGAUAUUAAAUUUGGCCGAAUUUAUGGAGCAUUGCGAUAAGGGGCCUCUGCCUUUGGACCCUCAACUGUUGGGAGAACGUGCUAUGCAUUGUAGAGCGUACGCCAAGGCCUUGCAUUACAAAGAAGAAGAAUUCCAAAGAGAUACGAGUAGUCAUGUGGUCGAAGCCCUAAUAUCAAUCAACAAUAAACUUCAACAGAAAGAAGCCGCGGAGGGUUUAUUGCAGCACGUAAUGCAACGGAGCGGCGACAUUCAAGUGCAGGUUCGGUGGUACGAAAAAUUGCACAAUUGGGACAAGGCCCUAAAUCUGUACAGAGAUAAGCUUGAGGUAAUAGAGCAAGACGAAGAGGCCUGUCUGGGAGAAAUGAGGUGCUUAGAGGCUCUCGGUGAAUGGAGUACCUUACGAAAUGUCGUCGAGUCUAGAUUUUUCGGCCUUACCGACAGCAAUAAGCAAAAGGCUGGGAGGUUGGCGGCGGCGUCAGCGUGGGGGUUACACGACUGGAGUUCAAUGGAAAGAUACGUAAAUGUUAUUCCGAGGGAUACACACGAUGGAGCGUUUUAUAGGGCGAUUCUUGCGAUUCACAAGGAGCAAUUUGAUGAGGCGCAACAUUACAUUGACAUGUCUCGUGAUCUUUUGGACACCGAGCUGACGGCAAUGGCCGGAGAAUCGUACCAGCGCGCUUACGGUGCCAUGGUAAUUGUGCAAAUGCUGGCGGAAAUGGAAGAAGUAAUUCAGUACAAAUUGGUACCUGAACGUCGCUCCAAUCUCUGCACAAUGUGGUGGCAGCGAUUGCAAGCCGGACAACGCUUAGCAGACGAUUGGCAGCGCAUCAUACAGAUUCAUUCGUUGGUACUCUCUCCUCAGGAGGACAUACAUACUUGGCUCAAGUACGCGUCUUUGUGCCGGAAAAGUGGAUCAUUGAUCCUUUCACAUAAAACCUUGGUAAUGUUACUAGGGUACGAUCCUUCGGUGAACUCAGAUCAGCCGUUACCUUGUAAUCAACCUCAAGUCACCUUUGCGUACACGAAACAUUUGUGGAUGUCUGGUAAAAAACAAGAGGCGUACCUACAGUUGUCCAAUUUCUUACGCGAGUAUACUCGCCUGACUGAUAGCGAAGACGUAACUCACGAUGACAGGCGACGGUUGUUAGCGAGGUGCUAUUUAAAAUUAGGGGAAUGGCAAGAGUCACUCGAGGGUGUCAAGGAGAAAUCCAUUCCCUUAAUUUUAAAAUGCUUCCAGCAAGCUACCGAACACAACCCCCUUUGGUAUAAGGCCUGGCAUUCUUGGGCGUAUAUGAACUUUGAAACCGUUUUGUUUUACAAAAAUGAAAACUUGCUUCGGAACUCUGGCCAGACGGCGAAGACCGAUAAAACUAACGACAUCAUACAUUAUACCGUUCUCGCCGUCCAGGGGUUUUUUAGAUCAAUUAAUUUGUCCAAGGGAAGCUCCCUUCAAGACACUUUGCGAUUAUUAACCUUGUGGUUUGACUACGGUCAGUCGUCCGAGGUGCAUGAUGCGAUUGUCGAAGGAAUGCGCUUGAUUGAAAAAAAUACGUGGUUGCAAGUGAUUCCGCAACUGAUAGCGCGAAUUGAUACACCUCGGGCUUUAGUGUCACGUUUGAUACAUCAUCUUCUCAUCGAUAUCGGAAAAUCCUACCCACAGGCGUUGAUAUAUCCUUUGUCCGUUGCGUCUAAAAGUACAUCAGUGCUCAGGAGAAACGCCGCAAAUAAGAUAUUAAAGUCGAUGAGCGAGCAUUCGCCAACUUUAGUCAAUCAAGCUGUGAUGGUUUCGGAGGAAUUGGUACGGGUAGCUAUCUUAUGGCAUGAGAUGUGGCACGAGGGGUUGGAGGAGGCGUCAAGAUUGUUUUUCGGUGAACAGGAUAUUAAGGGAAUGUUUGACGUAUUGGAACCAUUACACGCGGUUAUGGAUAGAGGGCCUCAAACUCUUAAGGAAACCAGUUUUAAUCAAGCGUACGGUAGGGAUCUAGCAGAAGCUCAAGAAUGGUGUCAACGGUUUAAGCAUUCUGGAAAUAAUCGGGAUUUGAAUCAAGCUUGGGAUUUAUACUAUCACGUAUUUCGGCGAAUAUCACGCCAAUUGCCUCAGCUGACUUCCCUUGAAUUGCAAUAUGUAUCUCCGAACCUCUUAAUUUGUCGCGACUUGGAGCUGGCGGUCCCCGGAAGUUACUGUCCUGGUCAGCCGGUAGUCAGAAUUGCGUACAUUCAGAGCUCGUUACAGGUGAUCACGUCCAAGCAGAGGCCGCGCAAGUUGUUAAUUCGAGGCAGUAACGGCAAGGACUACAUGUUCCUCUUAAAGGGUCACGAGGAUUUGCGACAAGACGAAAGAGUAAUGCAACUGUUCGGGUUGGUAAACACGCUGCUACUUAAAGAUCCGGACACCUUCCGGCGCAAUCUUACCAUACAGCGAUAUGCGGUUAUUCCACUAAGCACAAACUCUGGUCUAAUUGGUUGGGUACCUCACUGCGACACUCUGCAUACGCUCAUAAGGGAUUACAGAGAGAAAAAGAAGAUUCUGUUAAAUAUAGAGCAUCGAAUUAUGCUGCGUAUGGCACCCGACUAUGACCAUUUAACCCUGAUGCAAAAGGUCGAAGUGUUUGAGCACGCUCUGGAACACACCCACGGCGAUGAUUUGGCACGAUUACUGUGGCUGAAAAGCCCAUCGUCGGAGGUGUGGUUUGACCGACGCACCAACUACACACGGUCACUUGCCGUAAUGUCAAUGAUUGGUUAUAUACUCGGUUUAGGCGAUCGUCACCCGUCCAACUUAAUGUUGGAUCGUCUGAGCGGAAAAAUUCUGCACAUCGACUUUGGCGACUGUUUCGAGGUUGCGAUGACGCGUGAAAAGUUUCCCGAAAAAAUUCCGUUCCGCUUAACUCGCAUGCUGAUUAACGCCAUGGAAGUAACUGGAAUUGAAGGUACAUACCGGCGCACGUGUGAGUCCGUGAUGGCGGUUUUGCAUCACAAUAAAGAUAGUUUAAUGGCCGUCUUGGAGGCGUUCGUUUAUGACCCGCUGCUGAACUGGCGAUUAAUGGACGCCGGUCGAAAUAAUCGCUCUAACACAAACGAAGUGGGGUCGCUGUCGGGUACUUCCUCGCAGGAUCAGGAGCUGGGAUCGUUGAGCUUAAAUGUCUCCAAGAAAGGUCUGCCUUGUCACGAAAUGGUUGGCGACGGCAUUCAUAUAGAAGCCGUAAGUAAAAAAGCGCUCGCCAUUAUCACGAGGGUUAGAGAAAAAUUAACCGGCCGUGACUUUCCGCAAGAGGAAAACGUCACAAUUCCACGGCAAGUCGAAUUACUGAUUCAACAGGCGACUAGUAAUGAGAAUUUAUGUCAGUGCUAUAUAGGCUGGUGCCCUUUUUGGUAAUUUUUGUCAUUUGCUUGCUAAUGAUAUCUAACGAGUAAUGUAGAAAUGUUUUAGUUUAUAUUCCCAAAUGAUGUUUGAUUAAUUUAAUAAAGCCUACAUUUUU